UCCGCUCUGUGGAGGGCGCUGGGCAGCGGGGUUUGUGUGUGUGUGUGGGCGGGGGAGAGGGGGAUACUCUGGUUCUCAACCUACGGUCCAGCUGACACUUUGUGGGGCGCACAAUGAUAAAUAGGUUGAGAACCAAUCCUCACAGCAAGGAACUGGGGCCAGCAUGUGACUUCGGACAGCUGCGGAGCUGCCGGCCAGUGGCGGACUUUCGCUGCCAGCACAGGGACGGCGGUGGCGUGACCCAGGGGGCCCUGCGCACAGCAAGGCCGAGGGAAGCAGCAGCCCCGCCGCACAGCGCCUCUCCGAGUCCCUGGCCUGCGCCACUAGCCGGCCCAGGUGAGGACGCAGCUAAGCCCGCCCUCGCCUCGAGCCCGUCCCGCCUCCGGGGAUCUGGGGCCCGGGCGGCGCGGGGUGGCCGGGGCUGCGACUACACGCGGAGGUGAGAGGAGGCCGUUCUCCCCAUCCCAGAACCGCCACCGCCGCUUGGACCGGCCGCAGCGCGGGGCGGGGCGGGGCCUACCGCUACCCCGCCUCUCCGAACACUCAGUGUCCAGAGCUCCAGAACGGCCGCGGCUCACCUCGCGCGCUCCCACCCGGAGAUAGGGAAGGCGGCGCGCGCCCUAGUCACGCGCCAAACGGGGCGGGGCCUCUUCGUCACGUGACGGAGGGGAGCCGGAGCUCGCGCCCCAGUUCGGAAGGGAAGAUGGCGGCGGAGAGGGAGCCCCCGCCGCUCGGGGACGCCCGGCAGCCCGAGCUCGAGGAGCUGGAGGACGGCGAGGAUUUGUUCACCAGCACUGUGUCCACCCUGGAGUCAAGCCCAUCAUCUCCGGAACCAGCCAGUCUUCCUGCAGAAGAUAUCAGCACAAACUCUAAUGGUCCAAAGCCUGCAGAAAUCAUACUAGAUGAUGACAGGGAAGACCUUUUUGCUGAAGCUACAGAAGAGGUUUCUCUGGACAGUCCAGAAAGGGAACCAAUACUGUCUCCAGAUCCUACUCCUGUAAUCACUCCUGUAACACCCACUACGCUAGUAACUCCCAGAAUGGAAUCAAAAAGUAUAACAGCCCCUGUGAUUUUUGAUAGAUCCAGGGAAGAGAUUGAAGAGGAAGCAAAUGGAGAUGUAUUUGAUAUAGAAAUCAAUGUCUCAGACCCAGAGAAAGUUGGGGAUGGCAUGAAUGCUUACAUGGCAUACAGAGUAACAACAAAGACAUCCCUUUCUGUGUUUCACAAAAAUGAAUUCUCUGUUAAAAGAAGAUUCAGUGACUUCCUUGGUUUGCACAGCAAAUUAGCAACAAAAUACCUGCACGUUGGUUACAUUGUGCCUCCAGCUCCAGAAAAAAGUAUUGUAGGCAUGACCAAGGUUAAAGUAGGCAAGGAAGAUUCAUCAUCUACAGAAUUUGUAGAAAAAAGAAGAGCUGCACUAGAAAGGUAUCUACAACGAACAGUAAAACACCCAACCUUGUUACAGGAUCCUGAUUUAAGGCAGUUCUUGGAAAGUUCUGAGCUGCCAAGAGCAGUUAACACCCAGGCUCUGAGUGGAGCAGGAAUAUUGAGGAUGGUGAACAAGGCUGCCGAUGCUGUCAACAAAAUGACAAUCAAGAUGAAUGAAUCGGAUGCAUGGUUUGAGGAAAAACAGCAACAAUUUGAGAAUCUGGAUCAGCAACUUAGGAAACUUCAUGCCAGUGUAGAAGCCUUGGUCUGCCACAGAAAAGAGCUUUCAGCCAACACAGCUGCCUUCGCUAAAAGUGCUGCUAUGUUAGGUAACUCUGAGGACCACACUGCUUUAUCUAGAGCUUUGUCUCAGCUGGCAGAAGUUGAGGAGAAAAUAGACCAGUUACAUCAAGAACAAGCUUUUGCUGACUUCUAUGUGUUCUCAGAACUGCUCGGUGACUACAUUCGUCUUAUUGCUGCAGUAAAAGGUGUGUUAGAUCAUCGAAUGAAAUGCUGGCAGAAAUGGCAAGAUGCUCAGGUCACUUUACAGAAAAAACGUGAGGCUGAAGCAAAGCUCCAACUUGCCAACAAACCUGAUAAACUGCAGCAAGCUAAAGAUGAGAUAAAGGAGUGGGAGACAAAAGUUCAGCAAGGGGAGAGAGACUUUGAGCAGAUCUCCAAAACCAUACGCAAAGAAGUGGGAAGAUUUGAGAAGGAACGAGUGAAAGACUUUAAAACUGUUAUUAUCAAGUACUUAGAAUCAUUAGUGCAAACGCAACAGCAGCUGAUAAAAUACUGGGAGGCAUUCCUACCUGAAGCCAAAGCCAUUGCCUAGAAAGAAGUAUAUUCCAAACCAGAAGACAUUUUGGAUGUUUGUCCCGGUUAAGCUAAAUACCACAGUGAAAUCACUUUAAAAUCAUUCAAAUAAACCACUAUAUAUUUU